CAAGCAAAGGAAGAAGAAUCCUUCUUCUGGAACCCUUCUCCGAGAAGCUUUUAAAUGUCUCUUAACUCCUCAGCUCGUAGGACCUGCCGCCUCUACUGGUGCUACCAAUGCAACCGCGCCGUCCGCAUCAUCUCCUCCCCCACCGCCGACGUCUUCUGCCCCCGCUGCUACGGCCGCUUCCUCCAUGAGAUCGACUUGCCCCGCCCCCACCUCGUCUUCGACUUCGCGCCCCGCCAACAUCUCCACCACCCCCUCUGCCCCCACCGCCAUGACCCUUUCCACCCUCUCCUCGACCCUUUCACCCGCCGCCGCAACUCCGAGCUCGACCGCCUCCGCCGCUUGGAACCCGAGGAGGACGCCGCCGGCGACAAUCUCUUCGGUUCUUGGGUCCUCUUCCAACGUCCAACCGACAACGACCGUCUCCCCCGCCCAGUGCCGCCACCCCCUCCUCCUCCACAACCGGAGUUCUCCGUUCCCCCGAACGUCAGCCCGAGGGACUACUUCACCGGGCCUAAUUUAAAUGAGCUGAUCGACGAGCUGACCCAGGAUGACCGGCCGGGUCUCCCGCCGGCACCGGCAUCAGCCAUCGAGGCGCUGCCGACUGUUUGCAUAACGGAGGCCCACUUGAUUGACGGCUCCCAGUGCCCGGUUUGCAAGGAGGAAUUUGAACUCGGCGAGGAGGCCCGGGAGAUGCCAUGCAACCAUGUGUACCAUUCGGACUGCAUCCUCCCAUGGUUGAACAUUCACAACUCCUGCCCCGUAUGCCGGUAUCAGCUGCCAAGUGGCCGCAAUGAUCGAGGCCAGCAUGAAGGCGGCGAGGGGUCGAGCAGAAGGCGUGAUGAACAAGACGGUGGCGUAGCUAGAUGGAAUCCCUUCUCUCUUUUGUGGCCCUUUCAGGAUCCUUUGGCCAGCUACCGGAGUCAAGGGGAUGCCGGUGGUGAUCCUUUGAAUGGCCCCAGUGCAUUUUAUUCGUGGUGGCGCUCGUUGUUUCUUCUCUAGUACUUGGUAUUGUUGGCUCAAGGUGAAGAGGGUUCAUACUUGCUUUCCUGCUGAUGUGCUUCUGAACUA